AUGUCGAGUUGUAGUGAAUUAAGGUUUGAAACGAUCAAUAAGGUGAUCGAUGUAGGGCGUUUAAGGCUUCACUCAAGAGUGAGGAACCAUGCCAUGAACCAGGCAAGGCAUAGGAAGCAGUUUUUCGAACGCGAAAUUCAAGAUGAUGCUAGAUAUGAUGAUGAUGCCAAAUCUGAUUAUGAAUCCAAAUUAGAUAAUGAUGAAACUGAAGAUGAUCAAUCCAAAGAAGUUGAGGCUGCACAAACAGCCCAACCGACAAGCAAAGUUGUUACUGUAAAUAAAUUUAAUGUUGAAGAGCAUGUAGAAGAGGAUUCCAUUGCUGAAUAUGAUUCAGUAACUAUCGGACAUGAAGAAAUUGAGCAAGAUGAAGAAGAUGAAAAAGGUAAUACUGAUGAGGAAAUUCAAGAGGCCGAAGAAGUUGUACCUGAACAAGUGAUAGCAAAUCUUGCAAGUGAAGGUAGACGAGGUUCUACGUUAACAACAAAAGAAAAAAAUAGAAAGGAGGCAGUAUCAAAGCUUGUGUCUUCAGAGAUUUUCACUAGCACAAGUUCAAGUGAAAGUAAAUCGGUAAAUGAUAUUGAAAGUGAAUCUGAAUCACAAAUUGAUGACAGUGAGGAGGAAGAAAAAUAUUUUCAAAGUCAAUCAACUUCUAGGUUGACAAGAAGUCAUGCUUUGCAAUUAAGUUUUGCUUCUCAAAAAACUAUUGUUGGCAAAAAUACGCAAUUGGUAAAGUGUAAUUCGAAGAAGGAUGUUGCAUCGACGUCUGUUUUUGUUAAACCAGAAGACUUUAUGUAUAGAUCUUGUAAAGGAGUUGCUAUCGAUGAUAAUUAUGUUGCUUUUUAA